UUUUAACUCCACUGCACCGCCAGUGCGCAUGCUCAGCCUCCUUGAAAACCACAUGCGUCUCCCCGUUCUGCUCUCUCCCGUGCCAAGGCGGAGAGAUGCGCACACCGAGGACACCGCAGCACAGAAAUGCGCACAGCUCCGAGCCAGAGCCGGCGGUAGCUUCACCUCCCAACACCCCUGACCCGCCUGUCAACGCAGUGGGUUAGAGGGAAUAUGGCAAACUUUGACACACUUUGCAUGUCAUGGGAAAUGCCCUGCGUUGUCUGGAGAGCUGUGCUGCCGAGCGGCUGAACUGAGAGCACAAAAACACAGAGACUUGAUAGAGCUGGGGACCCGAUUCCAGUCAUUUCCAUUCCAGUCCCUCUCCUGCUUUGGCUUUGAGAGAUGAUCACGGAGCUGGUGUGCACCGCCGUGGCUGUGGGUCUCUAUCUGAACACGCUGGACGCAGAUUUCUGCUACGAUGACAGUCGAGCCAUCAAGACCAACCAGGACCUUCUUCCAGAGACUCCGUGGACCAACAUCCUGUAUGAUGACUUCUGGGGCACCCUGCUCACUCACAGCGGUAGCCACAAGUCCUUCCGCCCACUCUGCACCCUCUCCUUCCGCCUCAACUACACCCUGCAUGGUCUGCAUCCCUGGGGCUACCACUUGCUGAACGUGGUACUUCACGGGCUGGUCACCGCCCUCUUCACGGCCUUCAGUCGCCCCCUUCUCGGCCGAGGACUGUGGAGCCUGCUGGCGGGCCUUCUCUUUGCUUCUCAUCCGGUUCAUACUGAAGCGGUCGCCGGCGUGGUUGGGAGGGCGGAUGUUGGCGCUGCCCUGUUUUUCUUGCUGUCUCUUCUCUGCUACACGAGACACUGUGGACUUCGCAGGGACCCAUGUGGGACGUUUCAGAGCAGCUCAGUCAGCCGGUGCUGGGGCUGGAUGCUGGGCAGCCUGGGGUGUGCAGCAGCCAGCAUGCUGUGGAAGGAGCAGGGGGUGACGGUGCUGGCCGUGUCGGCUGUGUAUGACCUCUUCGUGUUCCAGAGGCUCCGGUUUCGCCAGGCACUUCUCCUCCUGUUAGGAAAGAAAAAGAACAUCAGUGUUUUGCUGAGUCUUGGCGCUCUGGCUUCCUGGGGAGUGAUUCUUCUGUCAGCUCGCCUCUACUGGAUGGGCAAUAAGCCUCCCAACUUUUCCAACUCUGACAAUCCUGCAGCUGACUCGCCACAUUUUCUCACUCGAACACUAACGUUCCUCCACCUGCCCGCUGCCAACGCCUGGCUCUUGUUCUGCCCCGACAAGCUCAGUUUCGAUUGGUCCAUGGACGCUCUGCCCUUGGUCAGGUCCUUGGCCGACUGGAGGAACCUUCACACUGUUGCCUUUUACGGUGGAUUUAUCCUCCUGGGUUUGUUUGGCCUUCGUGGCUCUCCAUCCAAGGCCAAGGAGACCAAUGGGAAAGCCUGUUUCGCCAACGGGAAAUCAAUCGCUAAUGGGAAUGGCUACCAUGCCCUGGACACAAACCAUAACACAGAUCAGGGGCACCCAAAGACCAGCCUGAAUGGGUCAGCUGGACUCCACCAAUGCCCUUCACGGACGUCGCUGCCCCCUACAGAAAACCUUGCUCUGCUUUCAUUAGGCAUCCUAUCGUUGCCUUUCAUCCCAGCCACAAACCUAUUCUUUUAUGUAGGAUUUGUAAUUGCAGAGAGGGUACUGUACAUCCCCAGUAUGGGCUUCUGUUUACUGGUCGCUGCUGGUGCCAGAACCUUGUAUAUCAGACUGAGGACUAGAGGCUGCAAGGCCUUCCUGUUGUGUCUCUGUGCGGGACUCGUGCUGCUAAAUGGACUCAGAACCGUUCAGAGAAACAGGGACUGGAGCAAUGAAGAGAAUCUCUACAAGUCUGGGAUUAUUGUGAAUCCUGCUAAAGCCUGGGGAAACUUGGGGAACGUACUGAAGAACCAGGGCAAGAUUGCAGAGGCGGAGAAGGCGUACAGAAACGCUCUGCACCACCGGGGGAACAUGGCAGACAUGCUGUAUAACCUAGGCUUGCUGCUGCAGGAGAAUGAGCGUUUCUCUGAAGCGUUGCAUUAUUACAGACUGGCCAUUGGAAGCCGGCCAACACUGGCAUCAGCCUACCUGAACACAGGAAUCGUCCUGAUGAACCAGGGCAACCUGGAAGAGGCCAAACGCACCUUUCUGACUUGUGCCGACAUCCCAGAUGAGAACCUGAAGGACCCCCACGCCCACAAGAGCUCCGUCACCAGCUGUCUGUACAACCUGGGCAAACUGCUCCAUGAACAGGGCCAGCAGGAGGAGGCCCUGACUGUUUAUAAGGAAGCAGUACAAAAGAUGCCGCGACAGUUUGCACCACACAGCCUUUUCAACAUGAUGGGAGAGGCUUACAUGCGGCUGAACAGGCUGGAGGAAGCGGGUCACUGGUACAGAGAGUCCCUCAGGACCAAGCCUGACCACAUCCCUGCCCACCUCACAUAUGGCAAACUCCUGUCCAUCAUUGGGCAGAAGACAGAAGCGGAGAAGUACUAUCUGAGAGCUAUUCAGCUAGACCCGACCAAAGGAAACUGCUACAUGCACUAUGGUCAGUUCCUGCUGGAGCAGUCCCGUCUGAGCGAGGCGGCGGAGAUGGCGGAGAGAGCGGCGGAGCUGGACAGCUCGGAGUUUGAUGUGGUCUUCAGUGCCGCUCACAUGCUCAGACAGGCCAGUCUGAACGAGGCAGCAGAGAGGCAGUACGAGCAUGCAGCCAGCCUCAGACCAGAUUACCCGGCUGCUCUGAUGAACCUCGGCGCCAUCCUCCACCUAAAUGGGAAACUCCCCGAAGCGGAGGCCAACUACCUGCGUGCACUAGAGCUCAAACCUGACGAUGUUAUUACUCAGUCCAACCUGCGCAAGCUGUGGAACAUCAUGGAGAGGCAAGGACUCAGGAAGGCAUGGGCUCGGGAUGCCGAAGAAUGACGCGUGAAGUCACUGCACUGUUCCCUUAACGACGACCCAGUGUCCUCCAGAGACCCAAGCGGGACAGGAUAUGGACGAGCUGGAGGCCAAAGGCUCACUUUAUGAGACAGGAAGUCAGACUCUUCAGAGCUGUGGCCUGUGAGGCUGGUGGAAGACGGCAUGAGGGCUUGGCAUGUCUGGGAUGAAGGGCGUUCGGCCCAAUAAACGCGUCACCAACAGUGCUGCGUGGUGGCUCGAACGACCAACACUAAUGUCACCUUUUAUUAUUACAUCUUAUUAAAAGUGAUGCUCAUUUGCUAAGUGAUGCACUGAAGUCAAAAGGCAAAUAAGUGCGAAUUCCAGGAGAAGAAAUCUUGUGCGCAAAGGUCACAAAAAUCAGCUUACUAUUGUUAUUUUGCUGUUAUUAUUACCUUGGGCAUGUUUUAAAGCACUUAAUUUGAAUAAGGAUGUAGCAAAAGUAAAUAAAUAAUUUCAGCCAUAUGGACUUUAAGUUGUCAGCACUGUCACGAGCAUACCAGCACCAAGACGUCAUCAGGUUCCACCCUCUAAGACAGUGCUGUAUGGUUAAACUGCUCCAACAAAUUUAAAACAGGUUAAGUAAUCCAACAACGUUAAUAAUUUACGAUAAUAUUCUGUUGUUUGACUGUUUGCACCUCUCGUGACUGUAAAGAUGACAGCAGAUCAUGGGAAGACUCCUCAGCGGUGCCAAAGCUUGUACCGAGUCUUUACGCCUCUCGUGCCAAGCAAGAACUCUUGUCACUUACAUGUCGUGUUCCUCGUGUCAAGUGAAGAUGUUUCACCUCAUGCGAUCAAACUUAAUUUAUUAAUACAAGUUAUUUCUUUUUGUGUGUGUGUGUGAAAAAGCAAACACUGUGCCGUCACAGUCUGAUUUCUACAUGUCGAUAGGCUACACGUGGGCAACACGACAGCUACAUUAAACUGUUUCUUUAUACUUUUCGUCUCUCUGCUCAGGGCCAUCAGCUCAUGUUUCCUGUUUGUGACACAGAGAGAGCUCAUUAAAGUGAUGUUAGAUGGGUUUUUAUGGGAUUUUUUUUCAUGAUUGUGAUGUUUGGGUAAAUUAUAGAAAAUGUGUAGCUGAAAAUGUGUUGUGUUUUGUAAAGAAAAGAAGUGAACCUUUUUCCAUAAUAAAAAAAAAAACAACAACAUGA